AACACUUGGACUCUUUGCUUAGAGUCCUGGAUACAGACCUCACCUCCCCUCAUCAGUCUUGAUUUUCAAGUUUCUUUUUUAUUUCUUCCAAACGAUUCCACACCCAUUUAAUCACAUUCACUAUGAACAACAAAUUCACAGUAUUUCUGUGCUAAAUCCACCAAGAGGGCUGAGGCCCUAAUCAGAAUCAAACGAGAGGAUCGACAAAUGAAUGGAUCACCCUCAGACAACUCGUCCUCUCACCACCAACCUGUUUCUCUUCUUCUUGCUUAUUUCUUCCAAUCUCCUCACUUUCUUCCUCUUUUCCUCCACUUCCUGCUCUUUCACCAAUCCUACGACAACCUCCAAUGUCCCUUCCCCGAGAAUAAGUGAAGACGUCUAUGUCGUUGACGAUGAAUCUCAGCGCCUCCCACCUGAAUUUAUUGCCUUCAUAUCUCCGGAGGAACUCCCAUUUGGAUAUACCAAAAACUUCGACUCCGACACCAUCUACCCUCCCGUCGGCCAAUCCUGCACUCUCUUUGCUGAUGAGCUCCGCCACUACAUGUCAUACAAGGUGAACGGUUCAUGCCCAGACGACGAGCUUCUAGCUCAAAAGCUCCUCCUCAAGGGUUGUGAGCCUCUCCCUCGCCGCCGUUGCCGUCCAUCUGCCCCUGCUAAAUAUGCUGAGCCCCUCCCCCUCCCCACCAGCCUCUGGUCGACCCCAUCUGAUGCUUCAGUUGUAUGGACCGCCUAUACUUGCAAGAACUACGCAUGCCUGAUCAAUCGCAUGCGUACCCAGAAGGGUUUUGAUGACUGCAAGGACUGUUUCGAUCUCAAUGGCCGCGAGAAGACUCGGUGGACUGCAACAAACAGUGGUGGAGGGCUAGACUUCGCCAUUGACGAGGUGCUCGGUACGAAGAAACCCGGCACGAUUCGCAUCGGGCUCGACAUCGGAGGUGGUACUGGUACAUUUGCAGUCAGGAUGAGAGAAAGAAACAUAACGAUCGUUACAACUUCCAUGAAUCUGAAUGGCCCCUUCAACAGCUUCAUAGCAUCAAGAGGGGUUGUGCCUUUGUAUCUGAGCAUCUCUCAGAGGCUACCCUUCUUCGACAAUACGUUGGAUAUUGUGCACUCGAUGCAUGUUCUGAGCAAUUGGAUUCCAACAACGCUGUUGCACUUCUUGUUGUUUGAUGUCUACAGGGUGCUCAGGCCUGGUGGGUUGUUUUGGCUUGACCAUUUCUUUUGUGUGGAGGAGCAGUUUGAGGAGGUUUAUGCUCCUUUGAUCGAUAACAUUGGAUUCAAGAAGGUGAAGUGGGUUGUUGGGAGGAAGCUGGACCGAGGGCCGGAGCUCAGGGAAAUGUACCUCUCGGCUCUGUUGGAGAAGCCAUUGAAGAAUUCUUGGUGAGAAUUUAAUGUUGAUCAGAGGUUUUCUUGGUUUCUCUUUUGGAGUGGUUCAAAUGAUUUGCUGGGUAGUUUCUUUGUCAGUCCACAGAAUAUGAUGUAAUAUAGUUUUGUCCAGGCACAUAAUUUGUUCUCUCAGAGUAUCAUCAUGUGGUGCUGCUGACUUAGAGGAUCACCAUGUUAGAUGCAUUGUUCAGUUCAGGAUUUGAACUCUAGUAAAUGCUAAGUUGACCUGGCUACAUAGAUUGUAGUGAUUUUAUUAUUUCUUUAUUUAUUGGGUUCGGGUCACAUUAAUCGUAGGCUCUCAUACCAAACAGCUCUGCUCGUAUAGGGAGUCCAGAUUGGCUCUCCACAGGGAUAUAAUCUGUAGGGUAUGCUGUCCUUUUGUUUUAAUGCAUUAACAUGUGUUCU